UAAAUAACUGUUCAGCUUUGUUAUUUUAGAAACAUGUUUGCAAGUGUAUUCAUAAGACUGAUUUGAAGUCAGAUUUAGAGAAGCUUCCAGUAUGCAUUAACCCAAUUUCAACAAAUACAGGAAAUGUUGAUGAAGUUUAUUCAAUGUCACAUUCAUCACUUCCAAUCUUCAAAUUUGAAACAGAAUUUAGGUAUAAAUCUAUACAAAAGGACAAUAAAGACGCCCGUAAUCAUCACUGCCUCGCCAUAAAAAAUGGUAUUUUCACAACCGCUGAUUGCAGUUUAAAAAUGACGGCUGUUUGUACAGGAGGUGACAGUCGUUUCGGGACAUGGAUUUUUACUAUUCACAGCUGUUUACUAAAGAACGAAUCUGUUUCGAACAACCAGAGCGCAUUCCGAGAAACAUGGCUAGGCUACUUCAUGUAUGAAGAAGACAAAGCAAAUCAAAGGUGUGCUGCAAUUCUAAGAAACAAUUUUACUCAGUCAUUGACCUACCAGUUGAGAAACUGUUCUGAUCACUUGGCUGUUUUGUGUAAAGACGAAAACAACAUAAGUCCUUUUAGCACGUCAACAACUUUGAAUAAUGGUAGCCUGUUUUCUUCAAAUUCAACAAAUACUUCUACAAACAUUUUUAAUGUACAAGAUCCAGGCAAAAAGAAUCAAACACUCGGAGAAAUCGUCAUUGUGAAUGUUGUACUGUUUUGUUUGAUCAUUCUAUUUGUCGUUAUGAUUAUCUUAAGGUAA